AAUAUAGAGAAAAUGUGUAUAUAUAUAUUAGCCCAUCUUGCUUUGAAUCUCUACUACACUUGCUACUUUGUUAGAGUUAAUUGGGAGUCUAAAACUGCAGUUGUUGUUCAAUGGCUUGCUUGAGGUUCUCCUUGUGUCUUCUUCUCUGCUUGGUCCUUUUGGUUGCAAGGUCUGAAACUCGACCUCUUCUUCAUCCAUCUCUGGAUGAAGGAAAGAGGCUAACUGAAUCCUCCUUUCGGACAUUGUCUGAGAUUUCCAAACAUCCAUUCAAGGGAGGGGUGAUGAGAGAAGAAGUCACCGGAAGCCAACACGAAGCAGAGCGAGUGAGUCCCGGAGGACCUGAUCCACAACAUCACUCAAGGAAUCUGUCCAAAGGAACUUUGUGGUGGAACAGUCAUCAGUGACUGAUCGUCCAAUUCAAUUGUGCUGCAAUGAGAGAGAGUUAUUUUGGAGUUGGUUUAGUUACUUGUGCUUUUUUUGUAAAUAAAUAACAAGCCAUGUACUGCCAAUCAUUUCUCAGUGAUCCACCCUAACUUCUUGUUGGGUGUUUUUUGUUU